UGGCUUUUUCCAAGAUCCGAAAAAAAGCUCCCGCAAAAAUUUUCUCCGCAAAAAUUUACUCCCUUUUAUACAUUCAAAACUCACAUGUAGAAUCGUUUUGGUGCCAUUUACUUAAAACUUUUCUUCUUCAGAAACAAAACGAUGAAAUUAGAAUCAAAACGUUCAGAAAUAAAAUGCUCAAAUUUCCUUCGGUACACUACAGGACGUGUUAUAAUGCAUCAACCGAUACCAUAGUUAUUGCUGGUCAAUUGCAGAAGCAAUCAGUCACACUAGGGCUAAAUGAAAUUGUACUGACUGAGUGACACUGUUUACCGUGUUUUACACAUACUAUUAUCUCACUGGAUGUUGUUUCACUUCUCGAUUGCAAGUAGUCAAAUAAAAAAACGAAAAUGUCCAAUUUCAAUUAAACGCAGCUUCCUGAAAAUCGCAAAAAUAAAUACCCAGCAAGAAAAUCAGUCUUUUAUUAUCGCAAAAAUUAGUUCCCGCAAAACACAAAUACUCGCCGAUCGGCAAAAUUAAACCCCCUCAAAAGUUAAGGGUCACACAGUAUUUUACAUUUUAUUUAAAGCAUGAGAUAUAAUAUGAGCGUCGCGCUGCGUACUAGCGUACUUGCGUCAAUGGGGGCAAGUGAACGAAUCACCAGGAACUGAUUCGCGCUGACUGGUUUUCUCUUCAUCUUGUAUCAGUAUCAUUUCUGUCCAUGAAAUAAAGCAAGUAAGAACAGAUUAAAGCUUUAAGUUGGCUUUGACAAAGAGCCGCGGAGACCCUCUUGAGAUGGAGCUGAUGGAGUUCUAACCUGUGUGACAAUCUGUUUUGGUAAACGGUCGUAAAUACUGAAGUCCCAAAAAACUUAACGCAACCCUCACAUAAAAAUUAAGAGACCACAUUAGCCGAUUAAAAACUAUCAUAUAAUGCGCACUUCCCGAGAAUAAGCAAAUAGGUAUAAUUCGCAAGAAUUGAUUAUCAAUAAGAGUUAGAUCGAGUCUGAUCGAAUUGUAUUCCUAAAACGACUGGAAGUGAAAAUGCCCUCCUGUUUACUUUACCUAGCAUUACGCCUGCAUUUUACACGGUUUGGUUUAGCCGUGGGUUUCUCCGCGCUCUCAGCCAAGUGACAUUAGGCAAGCCAAAAGGGCCUUUUGAUUCAAUUCUCUUGACAAGCUCAUCUGAAGUUCUCAAAAUUGCGUUAAGUUAUCGUUGUUGAGGCAUCUAAGCAUUUAGCUGUUAUAAAAUCACUAUUAUAAAAUUAUAUAUAAACUUCACACGCUUUAUCGAUAUAGUUCUUGAAACUUGCGGUACAAUUUGAGAUUUCUGCCAUGCGCCACAACACGACAAUUUACUUAAUAGUGCGUUGUAUUCGAACCACAGCACGUGCAAUGAAGCUAUAAUAUCCAAUUUUUUUGGAAGAAAUGAAAUCAAAACUUUUGUAAUACCAAAAUGAUUUAAUGAUGUUCUAGAUACCCAAAAUUUGGCGUUAAAACAUGGCAUUCUCAAUUUCGCCCAAGCCUUUGGUCGGCACUUCUCAAUUAUUAAUAUUGCGAUAAAUUUAUUUAGAUGUUUCUUUGGAAAAAAUUACUGUAAUCUCCAAAAUGGAACUGAUUAAGUUCAGCCCACAUUUCGCAUCAACUGUUUUAUGUUUUCCGCCCAUACAAUUUAUAGCUUUUUCCGUCCUUUAUUCGCUUCGUAGCCCCCGAGAAUACGAAGUCGACGUUUAAAUAUAUAUCCCCAAAAAGGGAAAUACAGCAAUACAUAUUUCUACUUGGAUUCCAUUUGAAAAUUAAUCUUUUUCUCUUGACUAGCUCAUUUGCAAAAUUGAUAAAGAUAUCGAUAUUAAUAAAGAUAUCGUUAAUCCGCAAUCAUCUUCCGUUCUUCAAAAUAGAACUUCUUCUUUGACAUCCACCUGCGUUGUUUCCACGAAAACAGGUUUUGCUGAACAAGUGAAAACCUUCAAUAACUCAUAUAAAGCGGCCUCUUACGAACUCUCAGAAUCAAUUCAAUAAUAACGAAUCGCACGAAAACAGACCAUUUUAAUGUUAAGUGCUUUCCUUUCCGUCAACUUUAUCCUUCUCACCACACAUUUCCCGGUCGUUUAAAAAGCGAAGGCAAUUCGCUGAUUGCCAGCUAAAUUCAAAAAACUCUUUCCACUAGCACGAAGAAGCUCAUUUCUACAUUUUGUAAGUCUAUUUUUCUAUACAUGAAUUAAACACCUUUUUAAUAGCGUUUAAAAUCUUGUCAACCUGGCGACGGUUUUUGCCGAGACUACUCUGCAUUCAUGCACUAAACCUGUGAAAUUUGCAUAACUUUAAUUUUCUUUGCAUCAAAUUUUAGUGCCAAGUAGAAUUACGGAACCUUUAUCAACUCUCAACAAUAUUGUGCCGGAAUGAACAAAGAAAUGAUUUGCUUGCCUAUAAGAGAACAGCUCAGACACUUGCAGUACGAAAGCAGGUUACAGUUAUAAGUAACACCACCUCGUUCGCGGAAACGAAAAAACAAUGAAUUUCUCUCAGUCUUCAUGGAUUGGUAAUGAAAGUGAAUGUAAAAGCUUUCUCUUCAAAGCUGUUCCCUUGCAGUAUUCUUCUACCGAUUCAUUUUAUGGUUUGCUUGUCGCAGCAGCAAUUCUUAAUUUGGCCACUUGUCCUUUUACCAUCUUCUUGAAUACUUUGGUUAUGGUAGCCGUGAAAACCAGACGACGACUUCAAACACACCCCAACAUUCUGUUGGCUUGUUUGGCACUUACCGAUCUGAUGGCUGGGCUUGUUGUACAACCCCUUCACACAGCGAAGACUAUUUUCCUCCUCCAAAGGAAAGAUGCUCACGAAUUUUGUAACAUCGAGCUAGCAUUUUCCGUCUCGUUUUUGGUAUUUUCCUUCAUUACCAGUUGUCACCUUCUUUUAAUCAGCGGAGAGCGAUAUCUUGCCAUCAAACAUACCUUCGCCCACGCUACAGUCGUCACUAAAGCUCGUCUGAUCAUGUCCUGUGCUGUGGCGUGGAUUGCAGUGAUGGUAUUCCUUCUUGUUAUAUCGCAUUUCACAAUAAUCUUCUUUAUUUACAAUGCAAUAAUCAUUUUUUCAAUCUUCUUGCUUCACAUUUUUGUUUACAAGGAGGCCCGUCGACACGAAAAACAGAUUCUUUCACAGCGUGUUUCCAUGGAGGCUAGAGAAGAAUUUAAACAGGAGAAGAAAGCUUUAAAACUAACUACGAUAAUACUAGUAACCAUUUUUCUGUGUUGUUUGUCACCGUUGAUUUUCUUGUUUGUUACAUGGCUUCUUUUUAGCCAAGCAUUUCCGCCUCAUGUUAAAGCAUUAGUUCGUCAUCUUGGUCUUGCGCCGGUGUUAAUCAAUUCAUUUCUUAACCCAGUCAUUUACACUGUGAGGAAGAAGGAAUUUCGAGUUGCAUUUAUUGAAAUGCUUUUAAGAAAGAGUUUACAAGACGCGGAAGCAUUUCAUCGGAGACUGUUUGGAUCACGAAACAAUGCUGUGAUACAGCAAAUUGAACAAGAAGGCGGACGACAGGAACAGAAUGCCGAGAAUGAAAAUGCAUCUCACUCUGCUGAAAGGCAACCAUGAAUACAAUCCUGAAGUGCACAUUUCUGGCGAUAACUUCGAGGACAGAAACUCCACCGCUACGACUGCCACCCAGAGCAGGCCUGUUUCUUCAAAUUAACAAACCAGCACAUUCAAAAAAGGGGCAAGAAACAAUAUGGCGAGGGUAGAAGUCUUGCACAUGACAAAAGCAAACAUGAAAAUAGUGCUGAAGGUCUUGUUCCAGGGGCUUGUUUGGAUUUUAAAAGCACUGACUAAGCUUAAACAAAAAGUCUCAAAUGAACAGAACACAAUCAAGAUGACAGAAAACGAGCCACAACAGCAAGUUAGACUAGAGAAAACGGACUGACUACACGUAUAAAGUGUGGGAGGGAAUGUUUUAAGGAACGGAAGCGAGGAUGACAUUGUUUCGAAAAAAAUCGUUAUAUGGUUAGCGAAUAACAAGACAAUCAGAAAUCGUAGAUACUACGCUUUGAACAGUUUGUUCUUAAGUCUUAAUAGGCCUUAUCACGGUUUUUGGGGAUAGGCGAGAGUCAGAAAUUACAGUGUUUGUAUGGUAAUCCGAGUUCUGAAUUGAGUUCUGAACAAAUUAUUGAAAGCAUUGUUAAGAUACUAGAAAAAUGAUUACAUUAACCAAAUUUGAGGGAUUUACCUGAGCUAGAAUACGGCGUCCAGACGCGUUCUUUAUUUUGCAAACAUUUUUCAAUGAUUUUUUCCACGAAUAUGUACGCAGCUUUCAAGUAACGAAACUUCGUUGUCAGUGGACAGUGGUUUGAGCAUGCGUUUUGUAUUUUGAGCCUGCGUAAUGAAUGUUAGUUCCCAAGGUCUCAGUGACCUGACGUAGACAUCGACAACUGACAGUCCAAUGUGUGGAAUGCCAGCAUCGGUAGCAUCGAUAACAAAUAGUUGUAGACAACUAAAUGUCUAGUAAGUGGAAGAGAAUGAACGAACGAACGAACGAA